AAGUAAGUGUUGAUUUCAUGAUGUAUAAUGCAGGUGCUCCUCUGGUAAGACUGGCAUAACCGGUUUCUUAACGAUUCAUUUUUAAAGGAUAUUCAGCCCAGUGGUUUACAUUUUUUUUUUACAAGUUCCUCAUUAUUUGGUUUUUAAGAUAUUAUCUGACUUUGAAAAGGGUCGGCAAAAAAAGACGAUUCAACAUAAGAACUAUUCAGUGAAAGGAUGAGUUGUAUUGAAUUUAUUGAGCCGGUAGUGGUUGCUGCACAAGUUGCCAGUGCGUUCUACGAUACCGGGCUGUUGAUGGUAGUGAAAGAACGUUACAAUGUGACUUCCAGCAACUCCUCGCUUACCAACUCCACGGACCAUGGAGACAACGCGCAGCAGACGGCAGUGUCGGAUUUCCUCAUGAUCUACGGUAUGAUCUCAGGGUUUGUCCCAUUCCUGCCGGCUUUCUUCCUGGCGAGGCUCGGGGACAAAAGGAACAGAAAGAUCCCGAUAUGUGUGCCUCUUGUGGGCUACAUGCUCUCCAGAUUGAUGCUGCUCCUUGUUAUUCUUCUGCAGUGGCCUGUCAAAGUGAUGUUUGGGGCAGCUGUUGUGUAUGGUUUGUUUGGGGGAUUUUCUUCUUACUGGGCUGGGGUCAUGGCUUUGGCAUCAGCACGCUCGGAUGAAACUCGGAGGUCCAUCCGACUGAUAAGCAUUGAGUUGGUCUAUGGAAUAGCUGGCUUUAUUGGUAGCAUCGCAUCUGGUCACAUCUUCAAUAUGUUUUAUGUUUCACAACAUCAAGGUGUUAUGCUGGUGGGGAUCAGUGUUUUUUUGUACAUAUUUUGCUUGUCCUACAGCAUUUUCGUUUUGAAGGUACCCAAGACUGGGAGAGCACCAGCAAUACUCCCCCAUGGUCAAACGGUAGACAACUGUGGUACAGGUGGAUCCGACAAUGAACCCACAGUAGCAGAUGGGUCAUUGACUUCUGGCACGUUUGACUUGAUCAGCGUUGUGCUUUUGUUCGCUGGUGCUAUAUUGUAUGAUGUGUCAGUGUCAGGAGCCAUGGACAUCUUACCAUCCUUUGUCAUAAAGGAACCCCUGAGCUGGGGAGCUGAACAGAUUGGCUAUGGGAAUGCAGCCGGCUUUGUGAUUUUCAUCACCAGUUUCCUGGGAGUGUAUGUAUUCUCCAAGUGUUUAAGGGACACCACCAUGAUCAUCAUUGGGAUGGUGUCAUUCGGGACUGGGAUACUGGUGAUGGCGUUUGUGCGAAAGACCUACAUGUUCUACAUUGCUCGAGCUUUGAAUCUGUUUGCCUUGAUUCCAAUGCCUACCAUCCGAUCACUGCUGUCCAAACAAGUCAAAGGCUCAUCAUAUGGCAAAAUUUUCAUUUUGCUCCAGAUGUCAUUCACCAUCGCCAGUGUGGCCACCUCACCCAUUUUCACCAAGAUUUACCAAGCCACCCUUGUCUGGUUCGCUGGAUUCUGCUUCAUUUUGUCCUGCAUUCUCAGCGUUUUGGCCAUCAUCCCUAUUGUCAUUGUGGGAUACAGGACAGGGAGACAUGGCUACACACGUCUUCCAAGUAACUGACCAGGCAGUUUCCCUUCCUGUAAUGAGUUGCAUCACAAUGAAGGACAUACAUUUCUGGUGCAUCACAUGCUGCAGUGCUUGGCAUUUACCCCCUAACUAACCCUAACACUACUGUUUGUAGUUUGCAGCCAACAGCUGUAUACAAAUGUGUAUAAAAUGUGUAGAAUUUGUCAUUCAUGAAUAUAUAUAUAUAUAUAUAUAUUGCACCCUAAGAGCUAUACUUCAAGUUCAGUUGCAAUUAAAGAGUAAGUAGCGAGGUUCAGAAAAAUCAAGCGUUCCACGUCCCCACGUGUUGCUACAACUGUACUGUACCUGGCAUUUCUCUUUUCAUUGUUCACGUUUAUUAUCUGUUUCUUGUAGGUGUUUCAUUCUUAAACAUUUGAUUUUACAGUGAUACAGUACACCUUACCAUACAAAAAGCUUCUUUUAAACUAAAAUAAAUAAAUACAGCUAGAUUGAAAAAUUCUGCCUCUCAAAUAAUACUACUCCGUUUCAUAGCGAAAUUGGAUGAGAAAUCUCUUUCAAUUUUUGAAAGAAAUCGCUUUCUCGUUUUGCAACACCUAGAUGCAAAUGAACAUAAUUUAGAUAUUUUAUUUAACAUCAUGUAGGGGAGACCGGGGAUGGUUUUUACUCUAUUGUCUUCAGAUUUGUAAUAAAAUUAUAUAAGGUUCUGUUCCUAACAAAGUAGAAGAGUAACAUUUCAUGUAUAUAGGGAUAUUUUAACAAUUGCAUAACUACUCAAAAUAUGAUAUUUAAGCUGUUCAAAAAGCAGGGUGCACCCGAGACAACCUGCCCCAUGCAGGGGUUGGUUAUCACAGAAUAUGGGGUUGCUUUUACGAUAAUGUGAUAAAAUGAUUAACUUAUUUAUGAAAUACAGGCGAAAACAGUACUGCGUAUCACCUUUCAGUUCAGUGUCAGUGUCACCUUCCACUGUCACUAUCAAAUUACCUGUUACUAUUAUUUCAACUCUGUUUGUUUUGCACCCUCUAGCAUCACUACAUUUGAUGCUCACCACUCUGAACUGAAAGGUAAUACGCAGUAAUGUUUUCACCUAUAUUUCAUUAAUAAUUCCAUAAUUUCUGUAUUUCCCUCACUUUAUAUUUCUUAAAAUGACCUAUUAAAGCUUAAUGGUAACAUUUUCUAUUUAUGUGUGUGUGAGUUAAGUGUACCGUAACCAGUGAGUUUAGCAAAAAAACACAGAAUUUAACAAUGCUAACAACAAAUUAUUAGCAGUAAUUAAAAAACUACAAGACAAAAGACAAAACACACCAUCCCCCAAUAACACCAGCCUAGCUGGAGAAGCUAAAAAAAAGUUCCAACAAGGCACAAAGCGAGUACUGUAUUCUCACACAGACCCUGCUGCUGUCACCUGCAGCUAAAGUUUUGUCAGAUUUAUUUAUGUAAUUGAAUAAGUUUAAAUAUGUAUGGCCAUUAAUGAAAUAGUAAAUUAGUAAGUAAUAUAUUAAUAUAAUUUAUAUACCAAAAAUGUUUACUUAUUACACAUUUUAAUCAAUAUGUAUUAUAUUUAUGAAUAAACAGAUGUUCAUUUAUUCAAAUAAAACACUUUUAAACAAAUGUUGUUUACUUUUCACUGAACUCUUGUGCUACCCCGCUUCGUGUCAUGCCUUAUAACGCCUUAAGUGUGCAGUUAUAUCAUGUCAACCUACCCCCUGUCAUGCCUCAAUGCUUCAUUGAUAUAUUUGGUGACAUAGCCUUCAUGUCAGCAUAAAAUGAUAGGCCCAUAUAUAUGUUUGUACAGCUAUGGCCAAACGCUUUGCACCACCCUGUAUAAUUAUCUAAUUUUGCUUCAUAAAGUUGAAUUUAACCUGCUGAAUAGUGUUACAUUAACUUAUUGAAUUACAUACCGCUUUGUAGUUUUCCAUAUACUUAAUGAAAAAAAAAAAACAACAAAAAAAACAUUUUUAAAAUUAAACAUGAAAUAACUGUACUACUAUUAUGGCUUCCGGUAGACUUUUGCGAUAUCAUUUUGUAGUUUAUUUGAGUUCAUGAUGUUAAAUAAAAGACCUAAAUUAUGUUCAUAUAGUUUUUUGUUUUUUUUUAAAUGGUGUCUCAAUUCUAAAAUUCUAGGUGAUGCAAAAUGUUUGGCCAUAGCUGUUUAUGUGUGUGGGCUAUUGUUGGGCCGGCUGUCACAUGUGACAACUGACCUCAAGCAUUAUGAGACACCUGCCCCAAUCAGACACUACACAAUCAUUUAUUUAUUGCAGUCCCAUGUCUUGUCCGACUGGUUUUGCUCUUACACCAUAGAUAGCUCAUAUCUGGCUCUAUUCAACAUGAUAAUCACUUCAAAACAAAACUCAAUACCAUUAAACACUAUAACAUGAAUAACAAGAUCUCAAAAUUGUACUUGCAGUAUGUUGUACGUUAUAAACCUAAUUGAACGUUGCACACUGCCAAUCAACAUGCAGAAAUGAAGGUCAUUAUCAGCCAGUAAAUGCCCACAAGUGAAAACAAAAAGCCUCAUCACUUUGAUUAAAUUGUAAUGCAUAUUUCAUGACAACUGUAGUCUGCAGACUAGAUGCAUUUUCAACUCAAAGCAAGGCUCCUUAUAAAGCCCAACUUACCAUUCUGACCACUGCAAAUCCGUUUACAUAUUUGUACCAGCUGUUUGGUGGUCAUAAUAGAGGGAUUACUCUAUCAUUUUUAUAGUAAUAUAUUACAGUGUUUUUUUUAAUUGGACUGUACAAUACGUGUACCCAGAGCUGUCAAUAAUCUGAGGUAACCAGUGGUUAAAGAAAAGGGCUUGUGACCCUCAGAAAGUCACUUAACCUCCUUGUGCUCCGUCUUUCGGAUGAGACGUAAUUGUAAGUGACUCUGCAGCUGAUGCAUAGUUCACACACCCUAGUCUCUGUAAGUCGCCUUGGAUAAAGGAGUCU